AGAAGACGUCUGCAGUAACACUCCUCCUCUCAUCAGCAGCACGGGUGGACUCGGACAAAGCUCCCGUCCUCUCUCACGCCGUCAUUGGCUGCUGAGAGCUCCCGGUUCGGCGCUCCAACAUUUUGUCUCGCCGAAACACCUCUCCCAUCGUCCACCACCUCUCCUACCACAAAAACAUCCACCAUCCAAACCUCACUUCAUCACAAUCGUCGCCAUGUUCGCCGCUCGCGCUACCAAGUCCUUCAUGGGCGCUGCCGUCCAGCGCAGAGCUUUCUCCGCUUCUGCUAGCAACCUCUCCAAGGUCGUCGUCCUCGGCGCCGGUGGUGGCAUUGGCCAGCCGCUGUCCCUCCUCCUCAAGCUCAACCCGCGCGUCACUGAGCUCGCCCUCUACGAUAUCAAGGGCGCUCCAGGUGUUGCCGCUGAUGUUGGACAUAUCAACACCAAGAGCACUGUCACUGGAUACUCCCCCGACGGCGAGGGUCUUGGUGCUUGCUUGAAGGGCGCUGAGAUCGUGGUCAUCCCCGCUGGUGUUCCUCGCAAGCCUGGCAUGACCCGUGAUGACCUGUUCAACACCAACGCCUCCAUCGUCCGCGACCUCGCCAAGGCCGCCGCAAAGCACUGCCCCGAGGCCUCCCUCCUCGUCAUCUCCAACCCUGUCAACAGCACCGUGCCCAUCACCGCCGAGGUCUUCAAGGCCGCGGGCGUCUACAAUCCCAAGAAGCUCUUCGGCGUGACCACCCUCGACGUCGUGCGCGCCAGCCGCUUCAUCUCGCAGAUCAAGUCCUCGGACCCCGCCAACGAGAAGGUGACCGUCGUGGGCGGCCACUCCGGCGAGACGAUCGUGCCGCUUCUCAGCCAGGCAGGCCACAAGCUCGAGGGCGACGAGUUGGCCAACUACAUCAAGCGCGUGCAGUUCGGUGGUGACGAGGUUGUCAAGGCCAAGGACGGUGCUGGUUCCGCUACCCUCUCUAUGGCUAUGGCUGGUGCUCGCUUCACCGAGUCCCUGCUCAAGGCCGCCCAGGGCGAGAAGAACGUCAAGGAGGAGACUUACGUCGACUCCCCGCUGUACAAGGACCAGGGCGUCAACUACUUCUCUUCGACCGUGACUCUGGGACCGAACGGCGUGGAGGAGAUCCACCCCGUUGGCAAGAUCACCGAGCACGAGCAGGGUCUUCUUGAUGUGUGCUUGAAGGACUUGAAGAAGAACAUUGAGAAGGGUGAGCAGUGGGUUAAGGAGAACCCGUAGAUCAUUGGUUAGGAAUGAGAAGUGUGCGUUGGAGGGAGUGGACGGAAGUUGUGACAAGACUACUACAUACGAGGGAGGCUUGUUGGCAGACGACUGUGCGCUCUAGGCGAGGAGGGUAGAGGCAUGGAGUCGUCGCUUUGAGCUUCUGUGGCCUAGCUGUAGAUUUAUCCGCAUUGCAAAUGUUCUCUAGCGGUCUGUUGCAUCCAAUGUUGUCGAGUUUUCGAACG